AUGAAGGUCUUGGAGAAGAGCCCGCAAAAAGCCAUAGUGAAACCAAAAGAUGAAGUCCAUGUGCUUGCCUGAAAUAAAAAGACAAAAAUCAAAUCGUCCCUGUGUAGGCGUUACUUUGAUAUCACAUCACAACCAAAUAUUUUAAACAAAUAAAAGCAUCCACAAAGUGGCAGGCGAAUAACACCCUCCUCGUUUCGAUUAUGAUGAUGAUGAUGAUGAUGAUGAUUGUUAUCAUCAAUAUUGUCGGGAAAUGGUCCUUGGAUAGAAAGGAGAACUCGAAGCACUAUCUGAGAUAGCAAGGAGCCAGCCUCAUGCAGCCUACACUGUUUUCACGGAGGGUUGCAAAUCCAAGUUUACCUAUUUCAUACGCACAAUAGAGUCGUUUGAAGAUUACUUUGAACCUAUCCAAGAGGCGAUCGACGACUUACUUCUCCCAACACUGUUUGGUAAAACGGAGCCCCUCCCAAGUGAUUUGCGUCAGCUCGUUACUUUGACACCCGCUCAAGGAGGGCUAGGCGUACCCGACUUACGGUUUGAAGCUCCACAGCAGUUUGCUGCUUCUACUUCUGCCAUAACGGCACCGCACAUAGAUUCUAUUGCCACACAGAGCAUGUUCACGGUGGCAGGCGAGAAUUCCACGAAGAAGUUAAAAAGACAACAUCAAGCCUUGAAAACUGCGUCGGUGAAAUUGAGAAUGUAA